GAAACAGAAACAAAUAGCCAAUAAGGUGUGAAAAUAAUCUGAAUUAGAGCGUGCCCAUGGCAAAGAGUGAACCCGUCUGCACCUAAUCAUUCCCUUUCUUUCAUUUCGGGGGGUUUCUGCUUCACGGCGUUCGCGCUCGUUGGUUCGCUGCCCCUUCGAAAUCUCAAGACAAAAAUCACUCUUUCCACCUCUCUGAAUCUCGAUCACGCCGAGAGGACGACUCCCCUCCCUCCUCCGUUCUCCAUCGCUGUGUGAUUCGUGCUUUCUUCGUCUUCUUCGUCCACUCUCCUUUCAGAGCAGGCCUUCCCUUGUAUCAUUCCAAUCCCUAGCCGCCAAGUGUUCCAUUCCGCUUCUCGGUUCAGCUUGUGCGGGAAUCAAUUAUUCGGUUAUUGAUCAAGCUUCUAGAGGUUAGAGGGCCUACUGGUUGAUGAUGAAUUUGCAACAAGUUGGGCAGUCUAGAUCCUCUAAUGGAUAUGGCCGUCGAAAAUCUGAAAGAGAAGGGGCAGCCAAGUCAGAGAAUAAGAUCUCAUCUGGGAAGUCAAAUUCCAACAGACUGGCAAUUACAGGUGAUGGUCCUUCACAUGAUCGACUAGUAUAUGUUACAUCAUGUCUUAUUGGACAGCAGGUGGAAGUGCAUGUUAAAAAUGGAUCUAUAUACUCUGGAAUAUUCCAUGCAACAAAUACUGAGAGGGAUUUUGGAAUCAUUUUAAAGAUGGCUCGCUUGACAAAGGAUGGUUCUUUGCGAGGGCAGAAGUCUGGUAUAGAAUUGGUCAGCAAGGCUUCUUUAAAGACUUUAAUUAUACCUGGCAAAGAAUUUGUACAAGUCAUCGCAAAGGGCGUUGCUGUUACUAGGGACGGCCUACCUAGUGAAGCUCAUCAUGAAAUGUAUCAGGACAUCAUUGUUGACUCAAUAAUAUCACAAUCACGUCAUGUUGACAUGGAAAGAGAACUACAACCAUGGGUGCCUGACGAAGAUGAUCCACAAUGCCCUGAACUAGAAAAUGUCUUUGACGAAACUUGGAAUAGGGGCUGGGAUCAGUUUGAAGCAAACAAAACGUUGUUUGGUGUAAAAAGCACGUUCAAUGAGGAACUUUAUACCACAAAGCUCCAGAAAGGCCCUCAGACAAGAGAGUUGGAAAAACAAGCUUUAAGAAUAGCAAGAGAGAUUGAGGGCGAGGAUACGCAAGAUCUUCACCUAGCAGAGGAAAGAGGCCUCUUUCUACAUAAGAAUUUUGAUAUUGAUGAAGAGGCUAGGUUCUCUUCAGUCCAUAGGGAUAGAGGGGUUGAUGACAGUAGCUAUGAUGAAAAUGAGGAUAUUUUGUUGGAUUCACACAAUUCUGAAACCUUUGGUGGUACCGUUCCUUCAGUUGUUAUGAGGUCUAUUGAAUCAAGUGAUGGGAAAGAUGAUGAUGGAGUCAGAACAUUGUCAAAUUCCUCCUCUACGGAUUUACCACAUUCAUCUCAGUCAAGUAAUGAUGUGGAUUUAGGUCGUGCUGGCUCUCACAAUCUUGAUAGUCAGUUAGCAUCUGAACUCCCUACAACAACUGACCCUACUUUGGAUGCUGAAUGCAGGAUGCAGAAGGACUCGCUUAGUGAUCUGCAUGGAGCCAUUGACAAUAGCAAGGAAGAAAAUCAGAUACAAUCUGGGGAUGUUCAGCUGUCAAAAUCUGAAGACUUACAGUCAUAUCACAACUUGAAGAAGGAUGACCCUGAUACUGGGGGAUUGUCUUCAAAUGCCACCUCUUAUGGCCCUUCAUCUCAUAUUUCAUCAAAGAAUCCUGAAAAGACAGGUUUGCCUGGUGAUUUGAUUGGGGAUUCAACAUCUGAUAAAGGUAAAGGGGAGAGAAAUUCUCUAAAAUCCCUUGGAAUAACUGCUGGUUCUACAUCAACUCGUACAGAUUGUGUGAGAGGUGUUGCAGCAUCUUCUGGUCCUGGUCUAUCACCUAGUUCUUCAGUUGGUUCAUUAUCUUCAGAAAAAUCGAUGCUGAAUCCGAAUGCAAAGGAAUUCAAGCUCAAUCCAAAUGCAAAGAGUUUCAUUCCAUCCCAAUCACCUGUUAGGCCUCCCUCACAGUUGUCAGAUGUCUCCUUCUAUUAUCCAACUAAUGUAACUACUGUACCUCACAUGCCUGCCAUGCCUAUGGAACUUGGAAUGGGGCAUGCAUUUGCUGGGCAGCAACCUUUACUGUAUAAUCCACAAGUAGCACAAGUGUCAUCACAAGCAUAUUUCCAUCCAAACGGACCACAGUAUGGACAGCUUCUUGGUCAUCCUAGGCAAGUUUUGUACGUGCCAGGUUAUCUGCCUGAAACACCAUACAAGGGACGGGAUUACUAACAAUCUUGGCUGACAGCAUUCUUGGCAAGUCUGGCCCUUGCCUGAAAUUAAUAAACUCCCAGUGGAUGGGUUCAACUACGGGGAGUCUUCAGAUUAUAGGAAGAGAUUCCCAUGAAUAGGUCUUAAAAAAAAAUUGUUUUUUUACAGGCGAAUUGACUCAUUCUGGAGUAUCAUUUUAUUGCACCUGUAUUAACACACAUCUUUCUCUCUUAAUUUUAUGCUGACAUUUUACUUUCUGCUUGCAUAAUUUUGUCACGAGUUGUGUCUUCUUGUGAUGACAAUUGUUUCGCUUUGCCAUUCAGUCUACUGGUAGCUACCAUCCCACGAGGUUCUGUUGUAUUCAAUUACUAAAAUGAAAAAUUUUGAGAAAUUGUAAUUCUGGAUGAAGAUAUCAGGCAAUUGUUAUUAUAGGGAGUUCAAAUUUUGUAA